CUAGGUUAAAAUCGCUGUCUCUCAUGCUGAGACAUGGAUUCACGAGAUACUAUGGGUUCCACGGACCGACUUUUGAGUGGAACUAAAGAAGCUGCCAGUCGAGGCUCCGCGGACCGCGACCUGAGUGGAACUAAAGAAGCUGUCAAUCGAGACUCUGCAGAGCCACUCCUGAGCGGAACCAAAGUUAGUCGGGAUUCCGCGGACCGACUCUUGACUGGAACUAAGGAAGAUGUCAAAUCAGGCGAAAAAACCGAUAAUCAAACC